GUCUAUGCAAUAUUAGUUAGCCACCCUCCUGCUCCCAACGAUCACCUAACACCAACACCCGUAUCAUACACAGCUGGCUUCUACAGGAUCCCUGUCAUUGGUCUGACAACACGCAUGUCUAUAUAUUCGGAUAAGAGCAUCCACCUGUCGUUUUUGCGCACGGUCCCGCCGUACUCUCACCAGGCCAAUGUCUGGUUUGAGAUGAUGAGAGUCUUCAACUGGAAUCACGUCAUUCUGAUCGUCAGCGACGACCACGAAGGUCGUGCUGCACAGAAGAAGCUGGAGACCCUCCUGGAGGAGCGAGAGUCCAAGAGUAAAAAAAGGAACUAUGAAAACCUCGACCAACUUUCCUAUGACAACAAGCGAGGACCCAAGGCUGAGAAAGUGCUUCAGUUUGACCCUGGAACCAAAAACGUGACGUCGCUGCUGCUGGAGGCUAAGGAGCUGGAGGCUCGAGUCAUCAUCCUUUCCGCCAGUGAGGAUGAUGCGGCCACGGUGUACAGAUCAGCAGCCAUGCUCAAUAUGACGGGCUCCGGCUACCUGUGGCUGGUGCACCCGCUGACCCGCCUCCUCCCCUCUGCCGCGGCAGGAGUGAUCGGUUUGCAGCUCAUCAACGGGAAGAACGAGUCAGCUCACAUCAGCGACGCGGUCGCGGUGGUGGCCCAGGCCGUGCACGACUUGUUUGAGAAGGAGAACAUCACCGACCCACCGCGGGGUUGCGUGGGCAACACCAACAUCUGGAAGACAGGACCCCUGUUCAAGAGGGUGUUGAUGUCCUCCAAGUACUCGGAGGGUGUCACUGGCCGGGUGGAAUUCAAUGAGGACGGGGACAGGAAGUUUGCCAACUACAGCAUCAUGAACCUGCAGAAUCGGAAACUGGUCCAAGUUGGGAUUUUCAAUGGCAGCCACGUCUUGACCAAUGACCGGAAGAUUAUCUGGCCAGGGGGGGAAACUGAGAAACCUCAAGGCUAUCAGAUGUCGACCAAGUUGAAGAUCGUGACGAUCCACCAAGAGCCCUUUGUGUAUGUGAAGCCCACACAAGCAGAUGGGACGUGCAGGGAGGAAUUCACCAUCAACGGAGAUCCUGUGAAAAAGGUCUUUUGCACUGGACCCAACGAGACCAUCCCAGGUAACCCCACUGUGGCACUGUGCUGCUAUGGCUUCUGCAUCGACCUGCUCAUCCGGCUGGCCGGGGUGAUGAACUUCACCUACGAGGUUCACCUGGUGGCUGAUGGUAAAUUUGGUACCCAAGAGCGGGUCAACAACAGCAACAAGAAGGAGUGGAACGGGAUGAUGGGGGAGCUGCUGAGCGGCCAGGCAGACAUGAUCGUGGCCCCCCUCACCAUCAACAACGAGCGGGCACAGUACAUUGAGUUCUCCAAGCCCUUCAAGUACCAGGGCCUCACCAUCCUUGUGAAGAAGGAAAUCCCCCGCAGCACCUUGGACUCGUUCAUGCAGCCUUUCCAGAGCACACUGUGGCUGCUGGUGGGGCUGUCCGUGCACGUGGUGGCGGUGAUGUUAUACCUCUUAGACCGAUUCAGCCCGUUUGGUCGGUUCAAAGUGAACAGUGAGGAGGAGGAGGAAGAUGCCCUGACCCUCUCAUCGGCCAUGUGGUUCUCCUGGGGAGUGCUGCUGAACUCUGGCAUCGGAGAAGGUGCUCCCCGGAGUUUCUCUGCCCGUAUUCUUGGCAUGGUGUGGGCUGGCUUUGCUAUGAUCAUCGUGGCUUCAUACACUGCCAACCUGGCAGCCUUCCUGGUGUUAGACCGGCCUGAGGAGCGAAUUACAGGCAUAAACGACCCUCGGCUGCGCAACCCCUCUGACAAAUUCAUCUACGCCACGGUGAAGCAGAGCUCAGUGGACAUCUACUUCCGACGGCAGGUGGAGCUGAGCACCAUGUACCGGCACAUGGAGAAGCACAACUACGAGAGCGCUGCCGAAGCCAUCCAGGCAGUGAGGGACAACAAGCUCCACGCCUUCAUCUGGGACUCGGCGGUUCUGGAGUUCGAAGCCUCGCAGAAGUGUGACCUGGUGACGACGGGGGAGCUUUUCUUCCGCUCCGGCUUCGGGAUCGGGAUGCGCAAGGACAGUCCAUGGAAGCAGAACGUCUCCCUGGCCAUCCUCAAGUCCCACGAGAACGGCUUCAUGGAGGAUUUGGACAAGACUUGGGUGAGGUAUCAAGAGUGUGAUUCCCGUAGCAAUGCCCCAGCAACACUCACCUUUGAAAAUAUGGCAGGUGUGUUUAUGCUGGUGGCUGGAGGUAUUGUUGCCGGGAUAUUUUUAAUAUUCAUAGAAAUAGCUUACAAAAGGCAUAAGGACGCGCGGAGGAAGCAGAUGCAGCUGGCGUUUGCGGCCGUUAAUGUGUGGAGGAAAAACCUGCAGGAGGAAACGUCAGAGCACUAG